CCCCCUGCUUCAGUUCCGGGUCCUGUCAGUAGGGGCGGCCGCGGUCUGAGCAGCGGCCAAAGCCGCGAAGCUGCGCGGCCCGGGUUUCCAGCCGGGCCUCUUUCCCGGCCGGGCCCCAGCAUGGCUGCCCCCAGGGCUGCGGGUGGGGACGGUGCCGUGUUGUCGCGUUCCUGACGGCCCCUGGCGUCUGUGCUCUCCUUCUCUUCCCCAGGCCACUCCAGCAGACAUGUUUGCCAAGGCCUUUCGGGUCAGGUCCAACACGGCCAUCAAGGGGUCGGACAGGAGAAAGCUUCGGGCUGAUGUGAUGGCUGCUUUCCCCACUCUAGGAACAGAUCAGGUCUCUGUGUUGGUACCUGGAAAGGAGGAGCUCAACAUUGUGAAACUGUAUGCUCACAGAGGGGAUGCAGUGACUGUGUACGUGAGCGGUGGUAACCCCAUCCUGUUCGAAGUGGAGAAAAAUCUGUACCCGACAGUGUAUGCCUUGUGGUCCUAUCCUGACCUUCUCCCAGCUUUCACGACGUGGCCUCCGGUGCUUGAAAAACUGGUGGGGGGAGCAGAUUUGAUGCUGCCAGGACUCGUAGUGCCCCCUGCUGGUCUGCCUCCGGUACAGAAGGGUGACCUCUGUGCCAUUGCCUUGCUGGGGAACAGAGUGGCUGCACCAGUUUGCAUUCUCACCAACAUUGCCAGAGGAUUUCCCUCUCUCCACAUCUUCACCAAUACCUGUUGUUUUCUGUGUUGUUUAUGUUAGCCAUUCCGACAGGUGUGUGGUGAGACGUCAUUGUAGUUUUGAGUUGUACUUCCCUGAUGUUGAGAGAUGUCGAGCAUCUUUUUAUGAGUCUGUUAGCCAUCUGGAUGUGUUCUCCGGAAAAAGGCGUAUUCAUGUCUUCUGCCCGUUUCUUAACUGGAUUAUUUGUUGUUUGGGUGUUAAGUUUAUAUCUUGUUGUUGGGUGUUGAGUUCCUAUAUGUUUUAAAUAUUAAUCUUAUGAAAUUUUAAAAGAUUGGAAUUAUUGAGAGUACAUCUCAGACCAAACAAAGUUAAGCAAGAAAUCAGUUUAAAAGAUAAUUAGAAGAACCCCAAGUUACUAGAAAUCGACACUUUAGAAGACAAUCUUUUAAAAAAUUAAAGCAGGACUUCUAGCUUCUGUGGUGUGAUGAGCUUGGUGAACUCACUGAGCUUACUGAGGACAUUAAGAAAUAGACUCACACAUUUCCAGUUGCCUGAUUUAAGACAAAAGUCAGAGUGAAGCAGUGUAGUACGAAAGCGGUGAUAUUUUCAGCAAAUAUUGCCCGAACAGUUGGAUAGCUAUAUUUUAAAAGUACGUCUGUCGCUCUUAGUACCAGAUACCAUACACAAAAGUCAAAAUGAGUUGUAAAUGUGAAAGAGAAAACAAUGCUUUUAGGGGAAAACAUUAUUGCAUCCUAGGACUAGGCAAGGAUGUCUUAAAUACGACACGAAAGGUACUAAUCCAAACGGGAAACAAUUUUACAUUUAAUUCAAUUUUAAAAUUAAGAAAACCUCUUUAAGUUUGUUUAUUUAUUUUGAGGGAGAGAGUGAGUGUACAUGCACAGGCACGUGCCGGGGGGCGGGGGGGGGGGGCAGAAGGGCAGAGAGGGGGAGAGAGAGGGAGAGAGAGAAUCCCAAGCAGUCUUCACAUUCAUAGUGUGGAGCCUGAUGGGGAUUGAACUCAGGAACUGUGUGACAUCAUGACCUGAGCCAAAACCAAGACUCGGAUACUUAACCAACUGAGCCACAGGUGCCCCAAGAAAAUUAUUUUUGGUUUUAAGCUCCAAACAUUUUUUUUGUCCAUUGCAAUGAUUCUAUCCCAUGACAUUAACAAGGACUGUCUCUGCUGUGGCUAGAGCCAUAGACGUGCAAGGCGACUAGUGACCCAGAAUUCUUUUCUGCUUACACGUGUCAGUGAAUUCAGCCUGAAUUUGUGGUUUGAACCCUCUGAAAACGUGUCCAGCUUCCAAAGCUGGCUACCAACUUCCAAAGCAGGCUUGAAGAAUACGUUUGAAAAAAUUACACCCAAGCAUAACUAUGAAAACCAAACAUCUAACUGUUCCAUUUAAAAUGCAGAAAUUCUGCUCAGUAAAAAACAUGUAACACUGAGCAAAUAGACAGCCCAUCGACAGAGAAAAUAUUUAUAGUACAUAUGUCCAAGAAUGUACAAAGAGUAUAGAAAGAAUUCCCACAAUGAGAUAAGUAAAAGACAGAUAACUCAGCAGAAAAGACUUGAAUAGACAAUUCACCCAGGAGGAUAUCUAAAUGACCAGUUGCUACACGUGAGUUCUCCACUUCAUUUGUCAUCGGGAAAAGGGGUAUUAAAGCCACAAAGAGGUACUGCUCUGUGUUCACCAGAAUGGCCAAAAUCGCACAGAUUGGAGACAUCAAGUGUGUUGAGGAUUUGGAGCAAUGUAUACACUGCUGAUGGCACACCAGUUAACAGAAUCCUUUUGGGAAACUCUCUGAUGUUACCUGGUAGACGUAAACGUAUUCACGCGUCAUGUCCUACCAUUUCACUCCUCAGUAUGUACUCAUCAGGAAUGACGACCUGUCUUUACCAAAACCUCAUAAUAGGCUCAUAGCGGCACUACUUCUGUUAGCUGCAAACGAGAAUCCACCCCGAUGCCCAGUGGCAGGCACACAAAUAAAAUGAGAUAUGUUCAAAGAAUUGAACAUUACACGCCCUAAGAAUUAAUGAUCCGCAAUUAAACCCAACAGCGUGGUUGAAUGACACACGGUUUUUCACAAAAGGCUCUGAAUACUAAAGACUCAGUAUCUGAUCUCUCAGCUGAUGCAGAGUACCAGACAGGCAAAUGGACUCCAUGUUCCCAGAGAUCCGGAGAGUGGUCAACCUGUGUGUGGUGAGAGGAGGGCGAGAGGGACUGACUGAAGGGACAACCGGGGCUUCCCUGAGACCUAGUGCUGCGCGGUUUCCUGAGCUCGGUGCUGCUGCAGAGGCGUCUUCACCUUCUCGAGAUUCAGCAGACCCUUUGCUUCCCUUCUCUUCAUGCUUAUCGUAUUUCAACAUAGAGUUUUAACAAUCCAGCAUUCCAGUUUCUUGAGUUUUGAAUUGUUAAACUCAUUUAUGUCCAUUGAGAGUGAUCCUGUUGUUUCACACACGUAUGUGACACGUCCUUAAAAGAAUAAGUG